AUGUGCACCAGAUUUAUUAAAAUUCUCAUAUUUAUCCUCAUAUAUAUUUUUUUAUAUUCUGAUAAUAUUUCCUCUGCUAAUUAUUCUGAGGAGAACAAGAAGCAAGAUGUAAUUAUAGAUUCAUCUUAUAGAACGACAUUAGAUCAAGCUAACAGGGAAACGAAGUCACUUCUAUGUAAGGAAGGAGAAGAAUCGAAAAAGUUAAAGGAAUAUUUUCACGACCACAAUGCUGACACAAAUAAGUUAUCAUUGAACAACAUCCAGGAUGUUCUGUUUGGAGAUGAUGCGAGCAGGCAGUGUAUAUUAAAUGUAUUAAAGCAGUUGAUAUUAGGGAAGCCGCAAAUAAUAGAAAAAUUAUUUAAAAAUUUUGUAAAAGCUCUAAUAAAUAAUAAACAAAUACAAGAAUCAAAAUUGAUCGAAUUAAAAGAGUUUUUGUCUUCAAAUGAUCAUUUGAAAUCAGAAAAUGUAUUAAAAGCAUUGAAAGAUAAUUUGGUGGACAAUCCAUUUAUAAAGGAAUUGAUGUCAAAUGAAUUAGAAGAUAUUUUGUUAGGUAGCAAACUAAAUAAUGAAUACAUAUUAAAAGUUUUGAAGAAAAAUUUGUUAAGUGAUACAUUGAUAGGGUUGUCUAUGCUGAAAGAACUAGAAAAUAUUAUAUUACAAAAUAAAUUAGUAAAUGAAUCUAAAUUAAGAGAUUUAAAAAAAAUCCUUCUAAGUAAUGAACCAAUAACUGAAAGUCAAUUAGAUGAACUAAAAUCAUUGCUAUCUGUUAUAAUACAAGGUCAUUCUAAUUUAAAAGGUACUGUACCAGUACCCAAAGUGAACUAUUCAAAUAGAAGAGAAAUAAAGAGAAAACCUAUUUUAUUAGAAAAAAAUGAUUUUGAACAUAAAUUUGAGGCAAAGGAAAAAUAUGAAUCAUUACAUAAAAACAAUUUUAUUAAAGAAGACGAUGUAUUAAGGCUUCAUAGAAAACAGUUACAAAAAGACGAUGAUAUAAAUAAAAUUGGUAUGACAAAGACAAAUGAAAUAGGGGAAAAAAAUGAAUAUUUAAAGAAAGGUGGUUUCAAACAGGAAAGCGAUUUAUUUAAAUUAUAUGAAUCUAUAAAAAGAGAUGAAGUAAACGAUAGGUCCAAUAUAUUAAAAAAAGAUGUUUUUAUUGAUAAAAUUGAAACAUCUAAAAUAAAUGAAGCAACAGAAAUCGAUUCUAUGAAAAAAUGUGGUCAAACAUAUGAAAAUAAUUUAUUUAAGUUACAUGAUCCUUUAAAUGAAUAUGUACCUGCAAAGAAAGAUGAUAUAACAAAAAAAUUUGAAUUGUUACAAAAUGAAGAUCAUAUAAUAAAAGAUGAAGCAUUUAUAAAAAGAAAAGUAUCACAGGGAGAUGUAUUAACAAGGAAAAGGUCUGUAAUAGAGAAAGGGAAGCUCCAAAUAAAAGAUGAUUUUGUGAGUGUAAAUAGGAGAAUAAGAGAAAAGGAUAAAUCCUUAAAAAAAAAUGAUUCUGCGAAUAGAGGAGAUGCAAUUAAUAAGAAGAAAUUAUUUAGAAAAGAUGGUACUAUGAAUACAGUUGAUAUAACUCGUAAAAGGACAAUACUGAAGAAUGAUGAUAUUAGAAGCACAGCUGACGUUAUCCCUAAAAGAAAAUCUUUGGAUAAAAAUGAUUCGUCCAAUAAAGGAAACAUAAUAUAUAAAAGGAAAACAGCAAGAAAAGAUGAUUCUUUGAACACAGUUGAUGUUGUUCCCAAGAUAAAUAAAUUGAGGAAAGAUGAUUCUCUGAGUUCAGUUGAUGCUAUUGCCAGGGAAAAACCGAUGAGAAAAGAUGAUUUUAUGAGUUCUGUUGAUGUGAUUCGCAAAAAGAAACUAUCUAGAAUAGAUAAUUCAUUGAGUUCAAUCGAUGCUACAUCUAAGAAAAAAACGCUGAGAAAAGAUGAUAUUAUGAGUUCUGUUGAUGUGAUUCGCAAAAAGAAACUAUCUAGAAUAGAUAAUUCAUUGAGUUCAAUCGAUGCUACAUCUAGGAAAAAACCACUGAGAAAAGGUGAAAUUAUGAGUUCUGUUGAUGUAAUUCGUAAAAAGAAACUGUCUGGAAAAGACGAUUCACUGAGUUCAGUAAAUGCUACAUUUAAGGAAAAACCACUGAGAAAAGGUGAAAUUAUGAGUUCUGUUGAUGUAAUUCGUAAAAAGAAAUUACCUGGAAAAGAUGAUUCACUGAGUUCAGUUGAUGUUAUUUCUAAGGGAAAACCACCGAAAAAAGGUGAAAUUAUGAGUUCUGUUGAUGUAAUUCGUAAAAAGAAAUUACCUGGAAAAGAUGAUUCACUGAGUUCAGUUGAUGCAACAUCUAAGGAAAAGCCAUUGGAAGAAGUUAAUUCUGUGCCUUUAAAUAACAAGAGAGACAAGAAUGCCAAGAAAGAACAUGAAGACUCAGGCUAUUCUUCGAUGAACGGUGAUCGAAUAAGCAAAGCAGUUUUGCCAGAAAAAGAUAGUUCAAUGGAAGAAAUUUACCUAGAAAGUAAAAAUAGUUUGCAUACAAAAUUUCAUUCCAUGGAGAAGAGUUAUGUAUCAAAGAAAAAGGAAUUACUAUCAGUUUCUGAUUCUAAGAAUAUAGAUAAUUUAAAAAAAAGAAGGAAAUCACUGAUAGAGGAUAAUUCAAAAUCAGAAGUUUACAUAAAGUCUGACAGCGAUAUCCAUAAAAAUGUUCAUCCUAUGAAAAAAGGGGAAUUUAUAUCGAAAGAUGUUCCUGUGAAGCAUCGUGAGAUUUUAAGAGAAGAUAAAUUGUUAUCAGAAGAUGAUUCCGUUAAGAAAAGUGAAACUACAGACGACCCGAAAUUGGUUAUAGAUGAUAGUUCUAUGGAUAAAAGUAAUAAGUCAGAAUCAGUGAAAUUGUUGAAAAAUAAUAAUUUUGCAAUAAUAAGUAAUAUAUUGAACCGAAAUAAAAUGUUGGAAGAUGAAAUAUUAAAGAACAAAGUUUAUUUAACAUGCGCUAAAAGUUUGCAUAAAAAAAUUCAAUUCAUAAAUAAAAGUGGUUUAUUGAAUAAUUACAGAUUACCCCCUAAAGAAGAUCCAGAAGAUAGUAUAUAUAUAAUUGAUCAAAAUAGUUUAUAUAGAAAAAUUAAUUCCUUAAAUAACGAUGAUUUAAUAGAUAAAUGUAAGUUAUCGACGAGUGAAGAUUAUAAGAACAAAUUAUAUAUAACAUGCAAACAUCGUCUAUUUAACAUUAUUCACGCAGAAAAAAAGGAGUUAGAAGAAGUAGAUGAAGUUUUACGAAAAAAGGAUCCGCCUAAAGAAAAGGAACUUAUAAAAGAAGACACAUUACCAAAAAAAAAAAAAUGUACCAUAUAUAUAUAUAUGACCGAUAAAAAGAAAGAUAAAGAUCCUGAAACGUUAGAAAAAGAUUGGGUUAUAUAUAAACAUAUUAAAGAUAAUAAUGUAAAGGUAGAAUUAUUAAAGGAUAUAGAUACUAUGACUAAAAUUGAUGUAGCAGCAGUAGAUUCAGUGUAUAGAAAGACCGAAGAAACUCUUGUCAAAAAUGUUAUAAAUCCACCAAAAGUUGCAAACAAACCUAGGAAUGUAAAGGAAAUUGUAAAAAAAGUGGCCAUGCAUGGUAUCCCCGCAACACUUGCAGUAAUAGCAAUACCAUUUCUUGCCGUGAAGCAUAUUGAGGUAUCUGGUAAAGAUAUUUUUAUGGAAGCUGGAGCAGCAGCACUAUCCACUGGAACAAAUGCAAUGCAAUCUUUUGCACCUGAACUUGGAGCAUAUGCUGGACAGUGUGUAGGUGAAGCUUUUGGUUCUGUACUAGAAGCAUUAGAGACCGGUAAUAUUUGGAGCAUGUUUACAAGUUUUAGCCAGAGGGCAGCAUUGUGUACAAGCAAAAUUGCAAUGAAAACUGCAUCGGUUGCAAUUAAGGCUGCAUCCAAAGCUGUAGAUACUUCUAUAGAAGUUGGUACAGAACAUGCAUUGAUUCAAAUCACAUUCCCUUUGUUAAUUGGUAUUUGUGUUAUAAUAAUUAUAGAAGUUCUUUACCAAAUAUUCUUAUAUCUAGAUAAUAGAGGUAAACUGGAUUUUAUUGAUGAUUGUAAGAGAAAAUUCAGGCGUUACGUAAUUAAAAAAAAGUACAAUCUUAAUAGACCAAAAAUUAACCUGGAAAAUUAUAACUACUAA